CUGGAACAUGUCGUCCCCUGAUGGUCCGCAAAUCGUGCAGCCGGGGCUUGAACAUGCACCUGUCUACUCUCAUUGGUAUCCUCAAGCCGUUCCGAUAUAUGGCCUUGAACAUGCUCCUACCCCUCACGUGUGGCCUCAGAAUCCGUUGCCGGUACCUCAGCAUGAGAAACAGGCGGCUACGGCUUUGACUGGACCUGGAUCUUCAUCCGAUUGUAACAAGAUACUGGGCCUGCGGAGAGUGACAUUCUUCCUUGUGCUUACAAUUGCGCUCCUAGUGAUCGCGGCAGCUAUAGGUGGAGGAGUUGCGGGAUCGAUGGUAGCUAAGAAAAAGUCGAGCAGUAAUAAUUCACCAAGCUCCGGAUCAUCGUCUUCAGCAUCCUCACAACCUUCUCCAACAGUUACACCAACUCCCACCAUCAGUUCAUCAACAAUUUCUUCUUUUACUUCCACUUCCAGCAGUGAAAGCCCAACAAAUAUCCUCGGCUAUACCGGCUGUCCUGGUAUCAAUGGUACCAUCUUCACCGCUGCAUCAGGCGCCCAGUUCAUGCAAUACUGCUACUUCGACAUCACCGGCAGUUACGUCGACUUCCAAUACCACUCCUAUGUCAAUAAUUUUGAUGAGUGCAUUGGGUACUGCGAUACAGUGAACGUGGUUGGCCAAAACACUCAGUGCAAGGCGGUCGCGUAUGAUUAUACUCAGAUUGUCGAUUAUUUGUAUUGUUGGCUGAAGAAUGUGACGAACAACCUAGAGUCGAACGCGAUCUCGAAUAUUGCUAGAGACUAUUCGGUUGUUGCUAUUCUGAUUUAA